CGAACAUUCUACAGUCUUCAUUUUCACUCUCUGGAACUAUCGUCUUCCCCUUCCCCAAGCCACCUUCCGUUUUUCACUUCCACUAUAUAGGGGCGUGCCAUCCAUUUUCAAACCAUCUCAAAGGGAAUUUAGAGUUCACUGUGCACUAAAGCAGCUCAAAUCGAUUCAAUUUCCUCUCUUUUCAAUAUCACAGAGAACUAUGGCUUCUUUAAUGGCUAUUAGGCGAGCUGCCGCCACCACAUCUGCUCUCUUCAACAAGUUCGUCAACCCUGCGCGUCAGGCAGCCGCCGCCCCUUCUGUUUUCAAAUCCUUCAACACCAAUGCUCAGAUGACGGCCUACGAGGACGAUGACCGCGACGUCGACGUUGAACGCCGCUCAGGCCGAUCUGUCUCUCGCCGCCGAGACUCUUCCCCUGGCGUCUUUUCAGAUUCCUUCGAUCCGCUUUCGCCCCCGAGGAGCGUAAGCCAGCUGUUAAACAUGAUGGAUCAAUUCCUCGAGAAUCCGCUCGCUGCCUCGUUCGGCGGGUUUGUUCCUGCCGCCGCGCCGAGGAGGGGUUGGGAUGUGCGGGAGGAUGAGAACGCGCUCUACAUCAAGAUGGACAUGCCAGGACUGGACAAGGGCGACGUCAAGGUCAGCGUGGAGGAUAACACGCUAUUGAUUAAAGGUGAGUCCGUGGACGAGGACGCAAAGAAGAACGAUGGAGAGGAUUACGGACGAAGAAGGUAUUCAACGAGGCUGGACAUUCCCCCGAAUCUGUACAAGCUUGACUCCAUUAAGGCGGAGAUGAAGAAUGGGGUGUUGAAGGUAGCUGUUCCGAAGGUGAAGCAGGAAGAAAGGAAAGACGUUUUCCAAGUCAAUGUAGAGUGAGUGGGAGGGCUUAAUUGUUAUUGAGGCUUGAGAUGAUGGGAUUAGCGCUUCAGUGUUCACUUUUUUUGUUUUGUUGAGAAUUGAUGGUGAUGUGUGUAUCCCAAGCUUUGGUUGCUUCAAAUCUUCAAUAAAGCUCCUUUACCCAAACGUCUCUUCUUUACAGUAAUGGUGUUAUAAGACAAAUGAU